UGUGUGUGUCAGCAGACAUCAGUGGUGAGCUGUACAGGACACUGCGUUACAUUGGGAAACCUGUGAAAUUUCCAUCUGAGAGGGGUGGGAACCUAGAAAAGGGAGCGCAGGUUCCCCCUGAGGCAACAGGAGACGACCACAUGCUGCUCCACUCCACGCUCUAAUCACAUCUGCCUGACCUCCCACUGCCUGGGCCGCUCGCUAUACACCAUUUCUGUGCUCAUCAUGGUCCUCUGGGCUCUGAUGUUUGCUUUGGUCAUCGGUGAAUAUGUGUCUGGAAAACCUUGGUUACCGCCUCUGACCAUGAAUGACGGCUGCUACCUGGUGACUUCAGAGGUGAACGUAUUCAGGGUGGAGGGUGAACCUAUCAUCAUCUCCUUCCCGAUCUUCAAGAGCGUCCUCAGAGCCCUAAACAUCGCCCCCCCAAAAGCAAGGUUCCUCAUCACCAAGGACAAUGAGACAGGAGGCGUGGCCUAUGACAGCAACGGGCGUGUCCAGCAGCGUGAGAAGCAGCUGUGGCUCCUCCCAGCUCAGGCUUCAGACUCAGGGGAAUAUAUCUGCACUUACAGGAAUGACACCUACUGUAUCACUGGGAAUAUCACGCUAGAAGUGUUCGAGUCCAGCUCUGUGGACAUGGAGAAAGUGUCUUAUCAGAUUUCAGCCAUGGUGGGAGAGAGGCUGACGUUCAGAUGCCCGUCGCUGAGUGACUUCAACAGUACAGACAGACUGAUAGAGUGGUACAAGGAAAACAGCUCCACUGCUUUUCAGUCAGGCAGAGCGGGCUCCCUCCGCCGGGACAGUGCUAACCUGAGGAUCCCUGCAGUGAGCUGCUCACAUGCAGGGGUGUACACCUGUCAGCUCCGAGUGCUCAUCGACCAGCAGCAGUACAAAGUCAGCAGGGUCAUCCUGCUUAACGUGGAAGGUGUGCCAGGACCAGAACCACAGAUCAGUACCACUGCACCUGAUGUCUCUGUGACCUCUGUCCCUGGGAGAAACAGCAGCAGCUACAGCACUGAUCAAGCUUCACCACCUGUGAUUGUUUCGCCGUUGAACGGGAGUAUUUUUGAAAGUCCACAUGGCUCAGGACUGGAGAUGUCCUGCAAAGUGCUCACCAGAUGUCACCAGGCAGACUCCACUGAGGUCAAAUGGCUCGUCAAUGGCCAAUCAGUGGAGUCAUCGUACCUGGAUGUGCGGGCGCUGCAGGGGGGAAGAAGGGUAACCAAGGUGACAGAAGGCUGCCAGAUUGAGUUGAGGCUCGCUGUCGUGUCGGUAACGGAAGAAGAUGUCGGGACGGAGCUGAAGUGUGUCACUCAGAACCAAGCAGGAAGACAGGAAGUAGUGGCCCAGCUUCAUCUGGAGGACUCCACAUUCACAUGGCUGGUGGUCGCUGCAGUGGCUGUGUCCUGCUUCCUCUGUGUGGUUUCUGUUUUCCUUUACGUCCUCUUCAAACCCAAUAGGGAAAGGAAACUGGAUUACUUUCUGGCUCGACAGAACAGCACCUUCUAACUCAACAAACAUCUCUUUGUAUGCUACAUAGAUUAAGUCUGUCAUGCAUUUGGGUUCAUGUGAUGUUAUGCAUUUUUUUACCGACUCUCUUUCUUACAGGGAUUUAAUGUUAUCAAAUCAGAAGCUUUAUUCAGUGACUACAAGCUGUCCUCUAUUACCCCAUCCUCAUCUGAGGACUUAGAGACACUUUAUGUUCUCGUGUGGCAGGUACAUGCAUUUGGUUGCUGGUGCAAGUUUUCUGUCGUGCAUCUACAGUGCCUUGCAUAAGUAUUCACCCCCCUUGGACUUUUUCCCAUUAUGUACUGUUACUAACUGGAAUUCAAAUAGACUUAAAUAAACUUUUUCCCGUUUGAUCAACAAAACAUGCAUAGUACUUUGGAGGUGCAAAAUAAAUUUUAUUGUGACACAAACAAUAAUGAGAACAAAAAAGUUGACAUCUGUUGGGUGCAUAAGUAUUCACCCCCCUGUGUCAAUACUUGGUAGAACCCCCUUUCGCUGCAAUUACAGCUGCAAGUCUUUUGGGGUAUGUCUCUACCAGCUUUGCACAUCUAGAGAUGGAAAGGUUUGUCCAUUCUUCUUGGCAAAAAAGAUGAAGCUCAGUCAGAUUGGAUGGAGACCGUCUGUGAACCGCAAUCUUCAAGUCUUGCCAUAGAUUCUCUAUUGGAUUGAGGUCUGGGCUUUGACUGGGCCAUUUUAAGACAUUAACAUUCUUUAAUCCAAACCAUUCCUUUGUAGCUCUGGCUGUAUGUUUAGGGUCAUUGUCCUGCUGGAAGAUGAACCUCCGCCCCAGUCUCAAGUCUUUUGCAGACUGCAUAAGAUUUUCUUCAAGGAUUUCCCUGUAUUUGGCUCCAUCCAUCUUUCCCUCUAUUCUGACCAGUUUCCCUGUACCUGCUGAAGAGAAGCAUCCCCACAGCAUGAUGCUACCACCACCAUGUUUCACUGUUGGGAUGGUGUGCUCAGGGUGAUGGGCAGUGUUGGGUUUUCGCCACACAUAGCGUUUUGCAUUGAGGCCAAAAAGUUCAAUUUUGGUCUCAUCUGACCAGAGCACCUUCUUCCACAUGUUUGCUGUGUCUCCCACAUGGCUUCUGGCAAACUCAGAACGGGAUUUUUUAUGGAUCCCUUUCAACAAUGGCUUUCUUCUUGCCACUCUUCCAUAAAGGCCAGAUUUGUGGAGUAGACGACUAAUAGUUGUCCUGUGGACAGAUUCUCCCACCUCAGCUGUGGAUCUCUGCAACUCCUCCAGAGUAACCAUGGGCCUCCUGGUUGCUUCUCUGAUUAAUUUUCUCCUUGUCCGACUCUUCAGUUUGGGUGGACGGCCUCCUCUUGGUAGGUUUGCGGUUGUGCCAUAUUCUUUCCAUUUUCUUAUGAUGGAUUUUAUGGUGCUCAGAGAGAUGUUCAAAGCUCUGGAUAUUUUUUUAUAACCUAACCCUGCUUCAUAUUUCUCCACAACUUUAUCCCUGACCUGUUUGGUGAGCUCCUUGGUCUUCAUGAUGCUGUUUGUUCAGUAAUGAUCUCCAACAAACUCUGAGUCCGUCACAGAACAGGUGUAUUUAUACUGAGAUUAAAUUGCAGACAGGUGGACCCUAUUUACUAAUUAUGUGACUUGCAAAUGUGACUUGUGAAUGCAAUUGGUCGCACCAGAUCUUUGUUAGGGGUUUCACAGUAAAGGGGGUGAAUACAUAUGCACUCAACACUUUUCAGAUUUUUAUUUGUAAAUAAUUGUGAAAUCCAUGUAAUAUUUCCCCCCACUUCCAAAUGAUGCACUAUUUUGUGUUGGUCCAUUACAUAAACUCACGAUGAAAUAAAUUUUAAUCUGUGGUUAUACCAUGACAAAAUGUAGAAAAGUCCAAAGGGGGUGAAUACUUAUGCAAGGCACUGUAUCUUGUUGGUGCGAUAGGAAAAUCUUGGUGGAAUGAAAACAGAAUAAUAGGCAGAUAUUCUGAUAUGUGGUCAAAUUCUGUGAGGGCUGCAACAUAUGCAUGUACAUGUUAAUGACACUGAAGAUAAAGUUACUUUAUUUGUUUAUUUUGUGAUUUUAACACUCCGACAGGAAUACACAUUCAGGGCAACUUUGUAAGACACUCUCACAGACUGUAAAUAAAAAUAGACAAUGUGUCUCUAA